AUGCCAUCGGACAAGGCCACAUUCCGUAUCCUAUACCUGUUUGUCCUCAUAGCUACGGGCUCCCGGCUCCCGCAAACGCAGGCCUCACAUAGCCAACAUCUUGCCGGACUAGAUGAUGAAGCCCGACACCCACACAAAUGCGGCGAGCAUCGGGUCCUGACAAGCACUGCCAUCAACUAUUGCGAGCACCGUGAUCAUCGCCUCGUAGAUGAGGACAAUCUCUCCGGAGAUACGGGAGUUCAUAAGGGUGUUCUCACUGCUGCCUCCCAGAUGAAACAGCUGCAGGGGAAUAUGAUUAUUUAUGAUUGGGCAUGUACGACGAUGGCGCGUGCUUGCCCUGCACAUUGUACCUGUCCAUGCCCAUGA